CGUCAUAAAAAAAAUAUGCCACAACGUUCACCAUUCGCCAUACAAGAGCUGCUCGGCUUGAGCAAUUCAGCCGCAGCAGCAGCCGCCGUGGCCGCAGCCGUCGCUAAAACACACGAACCCAUCGCAAGUGGCAGCGAGCUCAAAGACCACGACACGCCGUCUGCGAAAACAAAAGAACCUGUGGUAGCAGCGACUACGGAGGGCACACCGUCACCCACGGCAACAGCAACGCGUACGCCAUCGCCCAAUCAGCCAGCGUUGGCUGCCAAUAGCAGCAGCAGCGGCAGCGCUAGCAGUUCAACCACUUCAUUAAACACGACCGCAACUGUGGGCAGUAGUGCGCCCACACUGUCGGCGUCCGUGGUCACUACGGCAGCAAAUGGCAGUAUUGCAACCGGGUCGUUUAGUGUUGCCGCCGAACAGCAACAACAACAGCAACAGCAUGCUGUACAACAACACCAACAACAGCAGCAACAUCAUCAUCACCAGAUGACAAUGGCUGCUGCUGCUGCCUCACGCAUGGCCUACUUCAAUGCACAUGCCGCGGUUGCAGCUGCAUUUUUGCCACAUAAUCUAAGUAGUGGCGGUGCUGCGGCGGCGGCAGCCCAACAUACUACCAAUUUGCAUGCAUUGCAACAACAUCAUAAUCAUCAUCAUCAUCACCAGUUGCAACUGCAGUCACAUCAUGCACACGGACAUCCGCCGCAUCAUUUGUUGCAUGCACAGGGUCCUUUGUCCAGCAAGGAUUUCACACUUGAUGGUAUAAAUGGUUUUGGUGGCAAGAAAAAGAAGAAGAAACGUCGACAUAGUCGUACGAUUUUCACUUCUUAUCAAUUGGAAAAACUCGAAGAGGCCUUCAAAGAAGCACACUAUCCAGAUGUGUAUGCUCGAGAAAUGUUAUCGCUAAAAACCGAGUUACCUGAGGAUCGGAUACAGGUUUGGUUUCAAAACCGGCGCGCGAAAUGGCGCAAAACGGAGAAGUGCUGGGGGCGCAGCACAAUUAUGGCCGAGUACGGAUUGUAUGGAGCGAUGGUGCGCCAUUCGUUGCCACUGCCGGAGACCAUAAUCAAAUCGGCUAAGGAGAACGACUCAGUGGCACCGUGGCUACUAGGUAUGGAGACGGAAAGCAUGCAUCGCAAAUCGAUAGAAGCCCAACAGACAUUCAAAGAUGAUUCCGGCGUCAGCGAUCACGAGGACUCGGCUGGUUCGAAGUCCAACGAUGAAGCGCAACGUCUCAGCUCCUCCACCGAGUCGUUGAAUGUCGUUAGUCCGGGACCGACGCUUGAGCGUUCGCACAUAUCCUCCAAUGCGACCACACCAACCGCCACCACAGCUUCAUCAUCGUCGCCGCACAUCGAUUUGAGCAGUCCCUCACCGCCGUCAUCACAUGCGUCAAACGCAUCACUGGCACUACAACUAUCACCGCUGCAACAACAUCAGCGACAUUUGUUUCAGCAAGCGCUAGUGCCGCCUACCGUACAACCCUCUUACCACCCGCUCAUGGAUGCGGCCAAUGCCAGCGCUGGUGCGGCCACAAGCAAAGAUUUCCAUAUGAUUAUGAACACGGCGGUGGCAGCGGCGGCGGCGGCCGCUGCAGCAAGUGGUGCUGCCACUACGGCUGGUGGCAGUGGUGCAGCGGUUAGUGGCGCAGGCGGUUUACAUCAUCAUGGAAGAGGCGCGUCGGCUGCAUACGCAACGCUCGAUCAUGAUCCGGACACAUUUCGCAACAACUCGAUUGCCUGUCUGCGCGCCAAAGCGCAGGAACACCAAGCUCGUCUGCUCAAUAGUGGCCUAUUCUUGCAGGUGCGCUCCUUUGCCGGUUUUCAAGCCAACAGCAAUGCCGCUAGCAGUCGCACCGUUGGCAAUAGCAACAAAAGCAAUAACAACAAUGAAUUCAUAAAAAUUGUAGACGAGUUGGACGGAGGCCAAAGCUCACCUGUUAAUUUUGGUGGUAUUUGUAAUGCGGAUGGCAGCGGGCACAACAACAACAACAAUAUCAACAAUAUUGAUUUCUGUUUGCCGAUCGCAAAUGCCUUGCAACAACAACAGCAGCAGCAGCAACAACAAUUAAAGUUGGAGCGCAUGUCCUGUGAUCUGUAGCAUUGAAAAGCUAAUUAAUCGCAUCAAAAGCCAAAGGCAACAAAAAUAGUAACGAAUUUAUUUAUAAAUUAAACUUUACAAAUUGUAUUAAUAAAAACAAAAAGUUUUAAUCUAACACGUAUAUUUAAGUAAAAAUAUAUUCUUGAUUUUAGUUAUGAAUAAUUUAAGUCAAUGUAAAAAUUUUGAACAUAUUUGUAAGCACAAAAAAAAUAUAUAAAAA